AUGGAAGAUGACGUCGUGAUCAAGCUUCUGUCCGAGGAUCCGUCAAAUUACAAGGAUGCACCCCUCGAGGGCAUCCGUAGGCUUCUAUCGAAGUUCCAGGGCGAAGAGAUCCCUCGAGGCGUUCCCAUCGACACAUCCAAGAUUGAGAGUAUACGGAUGGGCACGACUGUUGCUACCAAUGCCCUCCUCGAGCGUAAGGGUGAGCGUAUGGCCCUUGUCGUCACCCAGGGCUUCCGGGAUUGCCUGAAGAUAGGAAAUCAGUCUCGUCCUAAGAUCUUCGACCUUGCCAUUCGUCGACCGGACGAUCUGUUUGAGGAAGUGGUUGAAAUAGAAGAGAGAGUUACCCUGGAAGACUACGCUGAGGACCCAACGAGGCACGCAACCCCCACGGUGGCCCGUACCGAGGAAGCCAAGGAUGCUGACAUUGUUCGAGGCUUGUCUUCAGAGGCUGUGCGGAUCCUGCAGCGUCCAUCUGAGAGUAAAGUCAGGGAGCAGCUACAAGCUUUGUAUGAUAAGGGCUUCAGAAGCAUUGCCGUCUGCUUGAUGCACGGCUAUACUUUCCCAGACCAUGAAUCUCUGGUUGGAAAAAUUGCCAGUGAUAUCGGCUUCACGCACGUCAGCUUAAGUCACCAGCUUAUGCCCAUGAUUAAGCUCGUUCCCCGAGCUACCUCUGCCUGCGCCGAUGCUUACCUCACUCCAACUAUCAAACGAUACAUUUCUGGCUUCCAGUCUGGAUUCAAGGGCGUCCUGGGCGCAGGAGGUGUCAAGGACCCAUCUCAGCCAAAGAGCGCUCGAUGUGAAUUCAUGCAGUCGGAUGGUGGCCUUGUCGAUGUCAAUGGCUUCACCGGUCUCCGAGCUAUCCUUUCCGGCCCUGCCGGUGGUGUCGUCGGAUAUGCCCUGACUAGUUACGAUCCCAAGACCAAGAUACCCGUCAUCGGUUUUGACAUGGGAGGAACAAGUACUGAUGUCAGUCGAUACGGUGGCCGAUACGAGCACGUCUUCGAAACCACCACUGCAGGUGUCACUAUUCAGUCACCACAGCUUGACAUCAACACUGUCGCUGCCGGAGGUGGUUCUCGCCUCUUCUACCGCAAUGGUCUUUUUGUUGUUGGCCCUGAGUCUGCCGGAGCUCACCCAGGCCCUGCUUGCUACAGAAAGGGAGGCCCCUUGACUGUCACUGAUGCCAACCUCUUCUUGGGCAGACUUCUGCCCGAGUUCUUCCCCAAAAUCUUCGGAAAAAAUGAGGAUGAAGGACUGGAUGAGAAGGCCAGCGCUAAGCUCUUCGAAGAACUAGCUGACAAGGUUAACGCUGAGAUGGCUGAGAGUGGAAAGAGAGGCAAGAUGACUGCUGAUGAAGUCGCUUAUGGAUUCAUCAAGGUUGCCAACGAGGCUAUGACUCGACCAAUUCGCUCCCUUACUGAAGCCAAGGGCCACGAUACCUCGAAACAUCGUCUGGCUACCUUCGGUGGUGCCGGUGGCCAGCACGCAGUUGCAAUUGCUGAAAACCUGGGUAUCAAGCAGAUCUUGGUCCACCGUUACUCCUCCGUCUUGUCUGCCUACGGAAUGGCUCUUGCCGAUGUAGUUGACGAAAGCCAGGUUCCAGAGUCCAUGUCCUGGUCCGAGAGCUCGGAGGUCAAGGCCAGCAUUGAGAAGAGAAUGCAGGAAUUGAGAAAGGGGGCAGUCGCGAGACUCAAUGACCAGGGUUUCAAGGAAGAAGCUAUUGUUUUCGAGGAAUAUCUCAACAUGAGAUACCGCGGAACCGAGUCUGCUCUUAUGAUCAUUAAACCGCAAGAUGGCGGAGCGUUUGGCAAGUCCUUCAUUGAGCAGCACGAAAAGGAGUUCGGUUUCACCCUUCCUGACCGUGACAUCAUCAUUGACGACAUUCGUCUCCGAGCUAUCGGAAAGAGUUUUGAUAGCUUCCCUAAGACCGUCGACGAGCAACUUCGUGACGCAAAGCCAGUUCCAGUAUCCAAGAGCAAGGCACAUGCCACUCAGAAGGUAUACUUCGAAGGCGGCCGUGUUGAUACUCCUAUCUACAAGAUUGGAUCUCUGGAAACAAAUGACCGUAUCGACGGACCUGCUAUUCUCGGAGAUGGAACCCAGACUAUUCUGGUCACCCCAACCUCCUCUGCUCUCAUCAUUGAUACCCAUGUGGUUAUCGACGUUGACGUUAACAAGAAGGAAAAUGCAAAGGCAUCGGCUGAUGUGGUCGAUCCAAUUCUGCUGAGUAUCUUUGGCCAUCGGUUCAUGGCAAUUGCUGAGCAGAUGGGUCGUGCGCUGCAGAAGACUAGUGUCAGCACAAACGUCAAGGAGAGAUUGGAUUACUCCUGUGCUCUGUUCGACAGUGAUGGCGGCCUUGUUGCCAAUGCUCCUCAUUUACCCGUCCAUCUGGGCAGCAUGUCCACCUGUGUUCGUACUCAAGCUGGAAUGUGGAAGGGAAAACUCAAGCCAGGCGACGUGAUUGUGACCAACCACCCUGAGUUUGGAGGCACCCAUCUGCCUGAUAUCACUGUGAUUACCCCAGCCUUCUCUGGCAACGAGAUCAUGUUCUAUGUUGCGUCCAGAGCUCAUCAUGCGGAUAUUGGAGGAAUCCUACCAGGAUCCAUGCCUCCACACUCGAAAGAACUGUACCAGGAGGGUGCUGCUAUAAAAUCAGAGAAGCUUGUUUCUGAAGGGAAGUUCAACGAGGAGCGUAUGGUAGAGUUGCUCUACCGUGAACCUGCCAAGUACCCUGGCUGCAGUGGAACUAGAUGCCUUGCAGACAACCUCAACGAUCUGAAGGCACAGGUCGCCGCAAACCAGAAGGGUAUCAGCCUCAUCUCUACCCUCAUUGAGGAGUAUGGUGGAUCUACCGUCCAGCUCUAUAUGAGGAGUAUCCAGAAGAACGCAGAACUCAGCGUACGCAACUUACUGAAGCAAGUUAGUGAGAGAUUCAAGGGUGCGGACCUCACUGCAAUUGAGCACAUGGAUGACGGCAGCCCCAUCCACCUCAAGAUCUCCAUAGAUGCUGAGAAGGGAGAGGCUAUCUUUGACUUCGAAGGCACCGGCCCAGAGGUUUAUGCCAAUACCAAUGCCCCCGAAGCCGUCACUUACUCCGCUAUCAUUUACUGCCUGAGAUGUCUCAUUUCGGAGGAAAUCCCACUCAACCAAGGCUGCCUGAAGCCUAUUAACGUUAAAAUCCCCAAGGGCUCAUUCCUCUCCCCAUCUAGCAAAGCUGCAGUUGUGGGUGGAAACGUCAUGACAAGUCAACGUGUCACCGAUGUCAUCCUGAAGUGUUUCCAGGCCUGUGCCGCCUCCCAGGGUGAUACUAACAACCUGACCUUCGGAUUCGGAGGCAAUCUUUCAGGCGAGGAGGAAACCAAGGGCUUCGGAUACUAUGAGACCAUUGCAGGUGGUAGCGGAGCCGGUCCUGACUGGGAGGGAACCUCUGGAGUCCACACCCACAUGACAAACACCCGCAUCACUGACGCGGAAGUGUUUGAGAGAAGAUACCCCGUUCUCCUCAGAGAAUUCAGCCUGCGCGCCGGAUCCGGAGGAGCGGGCCAGAACCGCGGUGGUGAUGGUGUCAUCAGAGAUAUCGAAUUCCGCAUUCCUGUCCAGGUAUCCAUUCUUUCCGAACGUCGUGUCUACCACCCCUAUGGUAUGCACGGUGGAGAGGAUGCUGCCUGCGGCCAGAACAUCUGGGUCCGUAAGAUGCCUCAGCCUGAGGGAUCUAAGGAGCCUCCAAUCAUCAAAUAUGUGAGCUUGGGAGCCAAAAACACUGCAAAUAUGGAACCAGGUGACCGCAUCAUUAUCAAGACUCCUGGCGGAGGUGGAUAUGGAAAGCCCGGAAAUGAAAGCGUUGUUCGAAAGGAAGCUGAUCCUCAGCUUGCCUGGAAAGGAGGCUCUUUGGCAUCGCGCGUUGGAACCCAGGAAACUAACUAG